AUGCCUGCCGUUGUGGUGUACCUAUUGUUUUCCAGCAGCGAAUUCACUCUGGAUACAGUAAAAGCGUAUAAGUCCAUGGAAGCGUACAAUUACUUCGAGUCAGAUUCGAAACCACCAUACACGUUCGAACAAUAUUCAGCUACGGACAAAAAUAUCUUCGAUGAGUUAAAAAGGAUUGCCCCAGGUGCCGUUGUACUCCGAAGUAUCCCAAAACUCGAUCCAGAAGACACUGACUCUGGUUCAGAAGACGAGCAAUGCUAUACACUACUCAGGAGAGCCCAGAAGACCAGCAGCACGCGGGACACCUUCAUGGAUGACAUGUUUGUGCCUCUCAAAGAAAUUGAGAGGAUACAGAAAGCUACGAGACAGCAAAGCAGAAGCCAUGAAGUGAGGCCUCGACAACGAAAGCAAUGCAAAGCACCACUAUGCUAAUUACACGAAAACAUGUCACAGGAACUUCCGUCUGUACGAUGCUGGCUUCGUGAUUGACCCUGUGGUAGGAUUGUUUUGCAUCACUUUUCGUCUUAACUA